GAGCCUGCGGCGGGGAUGGCAGACCGAGCUGCGGCCGAGGGUCGGGGCCGGGGCCGGCUCCGGCUGUUGGCGGCCGAUAUUCAGGCCGCGCUUCGCUCCGGGGUAGCGGUGCCCUCCCUGGCCCGGUGCCUCGAGGAGCUGCUCCUCAACAGCCUGGAGGCCGGCUGCGGCUGCGCGGCUGCUCGCGUGAACGCGCAGGCUGGGCGCGUGCAGGUGGCGGAUAACGGGGCGGGGCUGGAACGCGCGGCCCUGGAGUUGGCGGGCACGCGCUACUGCAGUGGGGGUGGGAGUGACCCUGGGGCUGGGGUUAAGAAAGACCCUGGGGCUGAGGGGGGUGGCGAAGGCCCUGGGAAUAGGGGUUGGACAUGUCCCAGGGGAGACAAAGGUAGAGACCCUGGGGGAGAGGAUGACAAUAAUCCCAAGCACCUUGAGCUGCCUGGUCCAGGGGGUCGUGGUGAGGCCCUGGCCAGCAUUGCUCACUUGUCAGGGCUGCUGGAGAUAGUGAGCAGACCGCAGGGUUCCAGCGGGACCUGGGUAAAACUAUUCCGCAAUGGCCACGCCCGACCAGUUUAUAAGGCUGAGAUGGGGAGGCCAAGUCCUGGAACCACCGUCACUGUCUGCAACCUCUUUUACCAAUUGCCAGUGAGGCAACGCCGCCUUGGUCAGCCAAUGGAGUGGGAACAGAUCCGCUGUCGAGUGCAGGCUCUGAGCUAUCUCUACCCUGGUGUCUCAUUCACUGUACGUGAUGAAGCCUCCUCUGCGGUUGGAGGCUCGUUGGUGGUGAGGCUUCCCAAAGUCAGUAACCUUCAGGCCCGUUUUGCUCAGAUCCAUGGCCCUCAGCAGGCAGCAACACUGGGCUGCAUUCAGCACUCAUCCAAUGGGAUCCAGCUGAGUGGCUUCAUCAGUCGCCAGGGCCACCACAACAAAGCCCAGCGACUGAUAUUUGUCAACCGGCGACUGGUGCUUAAAACCCGUAUCCAUAAGGAGCUGGACUCACUGCUGAAGCGACGCAGCUUAAUCUGUCGGCCCGAACCUGGCACUGGGUCCCGGGGAGGCUCCGAUCUUCAUCCUGUCUAUAUCAUCAACAUCAACUGCGACCGUAGCCAGUACGAUGCCUGCUGGGAGACAAACAGGACCUUGCUAGAGUUUACUGACUGGAACCAGCUGCUGAGUUUGCUGGAGGAGGGGGUUCAGGCCUUCUUGCGGCAGGAACAGUUACUGGUUGACCCCAUAGAGGAGCAGAUUCCUGAUCCACAGACUGUUGCUAGCUUAGAUUUCAGGUUCUCACAUGAAAGAGUAGCAGUGCAGUCCAAAUCAGUUCAUCGGCAGGUAGUGGUUCCAGGCAAUCCAAAGUUGGAGGCAGGUUCUGAACCCUGUCAAGGGCAAGUCUGUAAUGACACCAAAGAGCUAGCCUUGCAUGCUCAAACAGCCACACGUGACAAGCCUCCAUUGGAAAAGGAGGAAAGCAUUUUCCUUAGGGACCUGAGCACAUCUAACAGCUCUCAGACACAACCAACAGAGCAGAUACAGUCUAGCACAGCUCUUUGCCAACUCACAGCUGUCAAUGAGAAUACAAUCUUGUCAGUCACUGAAAGCCCCUCACAAGUGGAGAAGUUAGCAGAGACAGGCAUAGGAAAGCCGGUAGGGGAAUCACAGGGGGAGCAGGUGAGAGACUCGCAGGGGGAGCGGGUGGGAGAGUCGCAGGGGGAGCAGGCAGGGAAAUCACAGGGGGAACAGGUGGGAGAGUCACAGGGAAGGCAGUCACAAGGGGAGUCUCAGGGGCAGCAAGUAGAAGAUGGAGAGAAGUUGGGGGAGUCACGAAGGGAGCAGGCAGGAGAGUGGGAGCAGAUGGGGGAGUCACAGGAGGAACAGGCUGAAGCAUCACAGGGGAAUUGGUGGGUAGAGGGGCUGCAUGGGGAGCAGGAACUUGAGGUGAAAUGGCAGAAGGACGAGGUGCUUGGGGGAAAGAAGAGUGUGAAACUGGGUAUGACCGGUCUUAUAACCCACAUUGUCCCCGGAAAAACGAUAGAAGUAGGCACUUCAAGUGGUAACUCUUCAGACAGGGGUCAGGUCUGUCGUCCCGGCCCAGUGAGUGCUUGGGAGAUUCUGAAUGAAAAGAUGAGAAAGGGAGAUGGACAGCUCAUGCCUGAUGACCAAGCGCUUUCAAAUAUAUCUCAGAAAAGUGGGAGAGAUAUUCCCCAGGGUUCUGUAACUGCCUGUCAGAAAAUUCCAAAUACUCAUCAGUCUCAUUGUACAUCCGGAAGCUUUGCUGAAUCAAUGACAAUCUCUCAGAAGAUGAACUUACCACAAUGUCGCUCCAGUUUGGAGAACAGAAAUCCUGCCAACUGUAAGCCUGUAUGUUGUCAGGCAAGAUUUCACAGGAAGCUGGGCAUGUCCCUAAUAACUGGAUCUUUGGAUGUAUUUCGGAGAAACUAUGGUAAAAUCAGUGAUGAUCAGGAUGCUGGAGGCCCUUCUCAAGGCAGUGUGACUGUUCAGGACAGUACUGGUGAAGCAACCGAGAGGCCAUCACGAUCUAAUGUGACUGUAAUCCUGGAAACAGAGAGGCUGCACCAGAAUACAGGUAUUGGGUAUGCUGGUUCUGUAACUAGUCACCAGAGUGAGAAUUUGCAGUUUGAUCAAUGUGAUUGCAGUGGUCUUUUAAGGAAUUUGUAUUCAGAUGGAACUUUCCCAGUUGCUGAUUGUGUGGCCAGGGCACAUUCUACCCCAAUUGCAACGCCUGGUUAUUCACAAGCCAAGCAAACCUCUCCAGCUAGCAAGGAGCCUCGAAGAACCCUCGCUACAAAAUUGUCCAAGUUAAAGGACCUUAAAGGACAGCCUGCUGAAGAUAAAAGCGCAGAGUCCAAAGCAGGAAGUUCCAUAGGUACUUGCCAACCUUGUGAGAGUUUCAGAGACCUUUAUCCAGAACAGCAGUGUCCAACUCUGCUGCAAGAACACUCAGCUGCUCAGGUGAGCUCUGAAAAUUCUCCUUUUCAAGAGAGGAGAGUGACCGAGGCAGACUGGCAGGAAGAUAGCAAUACUGCAACAAGUGAAAGAGUCCAAUUCCUGAGUAACAGCACAUCUUGUGUUGUUAAGUUGCCAUGGCCUACAGUUGACGAAAGGACUGAUAAUGGAACAGAUGUUCACUCUGAUCUACAGGUUGGAGACCAGUCUCAAGAUGACAGAACUGGUGUAAACUUGAGCCCGUUUACAGAGGAUUUUGUCUCAAUGCAGAAAAUGUCAGAACCAGUUUAUAUUCAAACUAAAUCAAUAGAUGCUGAACAAUUUCUGGCAAGUUGUGUAGAGGACUGUAAAGGUCAAAGUGAUUCAUUGAAACAUUUCCCUUCGGACUGGUUGCAAUACUUUGAUGGAUCCCUUGGGAAAACAGUGUAUGUAAACAGCAUGACCGGGCUGAGUAGCUAUGAUGUCCCACCAGAUGUCCAGACAGAAGCUGCUUGUGUAAGAGACUUUACAACAAUGCCAGUUAAUGUUCUCACUAAGACGGGUUUCCAGUACCAGUGUUACCCAUUCCGCAGCCAUAGUCUUAUCCCUUUCCUGCCACGGUCACAUGAAGAGAGACAGAAAGACAAAAGCGCUACCCAUUCGGGAUCAAAUGAUUCUCUGCGCUCACUGUUUCGAGAGUGGACAAAUCCAGUCUUUCCUCGCCCUCCAGAGGUUGCUGUUGAUGUUAGCAAUGAUCAGGCUGGAAGUUUGGCAGUGAAGAUUCACAACAUCCUAUACCCUUAUCGCUUCACCAAAGAUAUGAUCGGCUCGUUGCAGGUUCUUAACCAGGUGGACAACAAGUUCAUUGCCUGUCUGAUAGAAACAAGGACCAACAAGGAAGCACCAACAGGGGGUAACCUGCUGGUGUUAGUUGAUCAGCAUGCAGCCCAUGAGCGAGUGCGCCUGGAACAGUUGCUUUCUGAUUGCUAUGAGAGGAUACCGGAUGCUGCUGGUCAGAGGAAGCUAUGUAGCUCAAUAGUAUGUCCCCCGAUGGAGAUCAGUUGUACCCAGGAUGAAAUUAGGCUUUUACGGUUGUACAGGAAGCACCUGGAGGCUGCUGGGUUGCAGGUAGAGUUUCGUGAUGCCGAGAGUCCUGUGAUACUGAUCAAAAAGGUGCCAGCCUGCUUCAUAGAAAAAGAAGCCAAUGAAGUUCGUAGAGGACGGCAUUCGGUCACUCAGACCAUCCUGAAGGAGUUCCUUCAGGAACAGAUUGAGAUGUUUCAGUCAACGGGAGGAUUCCAAGGUGUGCUGUCACGGACAGUGCUGAAGGUGCUGUCCUCACAGGCCUGUCGUGGUGCUGUGAAAUUUGGUGAUGGACUCAAUGUGGAAGAAUGUAGAAGCCUGAUGGACUCGCUGGCUGGCUGCGACCUGCCCUUUCAGUGUGCUCAUGGAAGACCCUCCAUCCUACCCCUGGUAGACCUGGAUCAUCUAGGGAUGGAAAAAGAGGUUCAUCACAGACCAAAUUUACAGAAACUGCACCAGUUGUGUGAAGCCCGGUUCAACAGUGGAAGUAUUUAAUUGGCCGUGGCAACAGUCCAGACGUCUGUGGGUGGAAUUUUUACCUAAAGCUCUUUGUAAUGACAAUGCUUGCACCAUCACUUAAUCAAUGCCUCCAGUUUCCUGGUGGUACCUGAUGUGAAAUGGAUAAAGUGCUGUCUCCUCACAGUUGGCACUAUGCAUCUUCUGCCUGAUAGACUGUAUGGGAAGGAGCAGUGUAGUCCAUAUGGGCAUUUAACAUCAGGCUUUGCCAUCUGUAAAAGCAUGAACUAUGGCCACUCACACUUUCAAUGGUACUUAGGAGCAGGACUCCCCUUUGUGCCCAGGAACUGUCAGCUGCUGUCACAGCAAGCCAUUGUUUUAUGCACAUUCCAUUAUUACUACUUAUUUAUUGAAUAAAUAGUUUGUUAAU